GAUAAGCCGAUAAGAUCGCGAGACGCACACAGCGCAACAGCUCUCCCCUCUCUCUCUCUCCCCUCCUCUUGUCGCCACCGGCACACUACCAUGGCGUCCUCCUCCUCCUCCUGCCUCGCCCCUUCGCCGGCGGUGCCGCGGCUGCCCAGGGCGGCGCGGGUGGUGGCGUGCUCUGCCGGGAGCGGGAAGGGGAACGGGGACGGCGGCGGCGGCGGCGGCGGUGGGUUCUUGAGCGCCGGGCCCAAGGCGGUGGGCGGCGUCGCGUGCGGCGUGCUCGCGGCCUGGGCCGUCGCGUCCUCGUCCAGCCCGGUGAUUGCCGCCGCCCAGAGGUUGCCUCCACUGUCCACAGAGCCAAAUAGAUGCGAGCGCGCUUUUGUCGGGAACACAAUUGGACAGGCAAAUGGGGUUUACGACAAGCCACUUGAUCUUCGGUUCUGUGAUUACACAAACGAGAAAAGUAAUCUGAAGGGAAAAUCUCUAGCUGCGGCAUUGAUGUCCGAUGCAAAGUUUGAUGGUGCAGACAUGUCUGAAGUUGUGAUGUCCAAAGCUUAUGCUGUGGGGGCAAGCUUCAAAGGAACGGACUUCACAAAUGCAGUGAUAGACCGUGUCAAUUUUGAGAAGGCAGAUCUCCAAGGGGCGAUCUUCAAGAACACUGUCUUGUCAGGGUCAACCUUUGACGACGCCAAAAUGGAGGACGUCGUGUUCGAGGACACGAUCAUCGGCUACAUUGACCUUCAGAAGCUAUGCACCAACACUUCCAUCAGCGCAGACUCAAGAUUAGAGCUGGGCUGUAGAUGAUUCACCGAAUUCGACCGUUGCACAAUCGUUAUGUGAAUGUUAACAGCGUCCGAUAUGUGAAUGUUAACACCCGAAUCGGUAAAUCUGUUCGAAACAUUCUAAGAGUCGCAAAAAGUUAAAUGCCCAGUUUAUAGAGCCUACCUGAGUCAUUUUCUUCGAUAUGUAUCUCCAAAUAUCUGUACAUCUUUUCUUUCAAUAUGUAU